AUGUCCCAUCUAGUUGCGCCCCUCGUGGAGGUGGAUGUUUCCAGACACGGGGAUGAGGAAGCGCCUGCCGAGGCUGUGCCAAAGCCACGCCUUGGAGGUGCCAUUGAUCUUGAUGAAGCAGUUGCCAAAGCAUUACCAAUUCCUGGGAGAGUGGUGACCUCUGCCCGGAAGUACGGCAUGUCGCUAUGGGGAACCGCGGCCAAAAUCUUUGCUCAACUCCCAAACGGGGAAUACAAGAAAUACUUCUUGAAGUCUAUGUCACUUGGUGAGACAGGACGAUCAAUGAUUGAGGGCGAGUUUGAGUCCCUUCGAGCAAUCAACGCAGUAUCGCUAGUAUUCGCUCCGGAACCCUACGCAUGGGGCAAGUACAGCAGAGAUGGACCAGAAACCUACUUCCUUUUAGCACAGUUUAGAGAGGUCGGCGAGCAACCUCCGGAUCCCAUCAAGUUUACAGCGCGCCUUGCAGAUAUGCACAAACGUUCAGUAUCUCCGACCGGGAAAUUUGGUUUCCACACAAUAACCUGCCACGCAAAACUUCCACAGGUAACGAAUAUAUGGGAAGGUUCAUGGUCUGUUCUGUAUCAAAAGCAACUGGCGCACAUGAUCAGGUUGGAUGAAGAAAAGAAUGGGAUAUGGCCCGAAUUCCAGCAAAUGUGCGAGCUUACGGUCACAAUGGUCAUCCCACGUCUUCUAGAACCUCUCCAAAGGGAUGGUCGAAGUAUCAAGCCUUGUUUGGUGCAAGGCGAUUUGUGGGAUGAGAACACCGCUACCGAUAUGGAGACAGGCGAACCGUUUGUUUUCGAUGCUGGAUCAAAUUAUAAGCGAAAUUUCCCAGUGUUAGAGCCAGAGGAAGAGUGGGACGAUAGAAACUUGCUAUACUCAUUACGGUUUGAUUUAAGAACAGCAAUCCUGAUACCUGGAUGCAAUCAACGUCAAGUGUGA